UCUGCCUCUUCUUCUCUCAAAUCUGCUUGACAAAAGAGAUACUACGAAGGAAUUAUUUCAAUAUAAGAGAUUGAUCAAUUAAGAGAUACCAUGAAGGAAUUAUCAGUGACGAGAUAUUGUGAUGGAAGGGUAUUUGUGGUUUUACAUUUUUUCCAUGGCAAUUUCCAGAUCACACCGUCAGCUCUGGUGAAAGCAACCAACUUGGAGGUUCAGAGUUGGAAGAAGUUUGUGAAUAAUUGAUUACCUCUAGAUGAACCUCAAUUUCAUGAAAUUAAAAUCAACUUUUUCUUUUGUACAAACUGCGGGACUGACAAACACUUCAUCUUCUCGCCACAUAGAAGGUACUUCUGGUGUUGCAAGUUUCUGAAAGUUACCAGGAAACUCCUAAAGACCUUUUUAAAAAGGCCAGGAAAUUCUAAUAAUGGCAAGAAUCCUGGUCACGCUCUAUAAAUUACCUGUAAGUAAUAUAUCUUCCUCCUCUAACAUACCAUGAAAGACAGGUCGUAAAUUAUUUACAAAAGAGAAACCUCGAUGUAUUUGUAUUAUUUAUUUCUGAAAGAGCAAUUGACCUUAUCCUUGUGAUUUGGGAAAAAACUCUUGUGUAUAUAUUGACUUUGAACACAAGCUUAAGAGGUAUAUAAGGCAGAAGGAGAAAGAUGAAGACUAGUGGUUUCCCUUCUCUUACUCCUUGUAUGUCAAACUUUCCUCCUCUUGUUAGUCAUACCAGGAGCAGUAAAUCUCAUCAUCCUAUAGUUGAUGAUGAAUUGUCAAUUUCUGAGAUAUUGAGCAGACUCCCUGUUGAAUCGCUCAUGAGGUUCAAGCUUGUUUGCAAACGUUGGCGAUCUCUGAUUCAAAAAGAUGACCACUUCAUUGAUCUACACCAUACAUGGUCACAAACACGUAAAAGUCUUCUCAUCUGUCCGCCAACAAUGUAUACAUAUAGAAAAAAAUGUUAUUUAUUAGCGGAGCUACUAAUACCGGAUGAAGGUAGUGGGGGAGGAGUAACGGUUCACAAGAAAAUACCUGAUGUAGAUCGCCCAAAUGCGUCUCUUCUUCGACCUCUCAAUGGUUUGUUUUGUUUCGUAGACGGUGAAGGAGCAGCUGUCUGUGUACAGAAUCCUAGCACCAGAGAAUCGACACCUUGGAUUAAGUCAAUAAUUAAACAACAACAUGAAGAUGAAGGUAAGGUAAUAGAACUAAUAGAUGAACAUGGUAAUCUUGUGAAGUAUGAUGUAGCAUAUAGGAAUUAUGAUUGGAAAUUUGGAUUCGAUCCUGCCACCAAGGAACACAAAGUGAUCUUCCUUUGGGUUAAACGAUUAUCCAACUGGCGACUUGGCAGAAGGGAAGAAUGGUUUUGUGAGGUUUUGACGGUAAGGCAGAAUUCAUGGAGAACGAUCGAUGCGGUCCCUCCAGUCUCACCCCUUUCUCUUGCGUGUUCCCUAUCUACUUACGCAAACGGUUCCAUAUGUUGGCUGCAUUAUGGGCCUCGUGAAGAUGAAGACCCAUCGAUUGUUGAAUUUAGUGUUGGUAAUGAAAUGUUUAGAGUAAUACCCCUCCCUAAGUUUAUCAUGAGUGACAUUCGUGUUCCUUAUGAGGAUGGUAAUACUGUAACGGAAGUCAAUGGCCAUCUAGUUCUGUUAGCUAAAAAGGUACGCAGGUCUGACAACACCUCUGAUUGGAUAAAGAACGAUGACUCUUCGAUGAAGAUGUGUAUAUUAUAUAAUAAUGACCAAUUAGUCCAGAGAAAGAAGGAUACUGGUUGUGGUUCGUUUACCUGUAGCGCUGUUGAUGACAACAGUAAUUGCUAUUGGCUGGAGGAUUCCUUCUUAAUGCCGCCUCUUGAUUGGAAACAGGAAAGCUUUGAUUGUAUUUUACCAAUUCCAGGGACAGACCUGAUGAUUGUGAAAUCAUCUGAUGCUUGCUUCUUCUACUUUUAUAAUUGGAAGAAGAAGAGUUUCAGUAACAAGUUCCGGAUAAAUGGGCUCAACUUGUUCGUGAAUGAGAAAGCCUGCGAAACACCAAUUGAGGAAUUGAAAUGUUGGAUCGUCGAAGAAAGUUUUUUGCGUGUAAACUAGUAAGUUGCACUCUCCAUGGGCACAAAUUACAAGCAAAGUACAACAAGGCUACCAAUAUUACACUGGAGGACCUGCUUCCCGAAUAACGGACCACUUUCAAUGCCUGAGUAUUUCAGACAUGCCUGAGUUACUGUUAAUUGUGUCAGUUUUGCUUUCUUAGUAUUUAUAUGUUAGGGACCAAGUUGUUCUAGGGGACCAAGUUCAGAAGUUUGAGUUUAAUCAAGAAUUUCAUUCCCUGUGUGUAUGCUUCAUCUCUUUGAGGGUGAAUUUCAUUCCCUAUAUCUUUCUUAUUUAUUUAUUUUCUGUCCUUUUCUUUUCCUAA